AUGUCAGAAACGGAUGAUGUAUUCGACUUGAUCAACUCGUUACCUGAAACUGCUUCCACACAGGACUCCAGUAAAACAAAUUCUAAACCCACCGACGACAAAGAAGUGUUUGACUUUCUUGAUGAAAUAGCCCAACAUGAACAAAAGAAACCCAAAAAGAAAUUGGAACCAAAGAAGAAGCAGGUGGAGAAUGUAGUCAGCUCUAAUGAUGAUGACGAAGAAGUAGAGGAAACCAAUGACCCAACAACGGGAACCUCUUCAUCCGACACGACCGAUGACCAUACUCAACAUCAAAAGGAUGAGGAGAAGGAAGCCGCAAGUACCCAAUCUCAUGACACUUCUGAGGUCAAUCCGAUUGCUUCUUUAUCUUCAUGGUGGAGUCUGGAGGGUAAUCAAAAAGUAUCCAGUUUAUGGGGCACCAUUACUUCCAAUGCCGAAAAAUUGAGUGAGCAAACGUAUCAAUUAGCUUCUACAACCACAAAUCAGUUGAAUGAACGGUCAAAGCAGUUGGACACCGAACAAAUUGGAUCACGAUUAAACAAUUUGUUUAUAAAUAUCUCGCAACAAAUCAAACAAGGAUUGGUUGAAGAUGCCGAUGAAGUGUUGAACAUUUUGUUGGUUUCUGAUUUGUACAAUUUCACGUAUUUACACAAGUUGGUUCUGAACAAUUUCAACUUGGCCAUGAAUCAAGUUGAAGGUGAUGUCAAUGUGAAUGUGCAUGAAUUUAAUCAUCAUGAUGAAAACAGUGGCGGCGAUGAAGUGACGUUGAACUUGUUUUAUGGGAAAUUGAUUGAUGGUGAGAAAUUGGCCAAUGCAAAUUUGGAAAAUGCAAUCAAGGAGUACAAGAAAGCUGAAAUUGCAAAGGAGAAGAAGGAUGGGGAAGAUGAAAAGCAAAGGGAGAUUAAGAGAGAGGCAACAGAUAACAGAAAUGACACUUUCCAAGAGAUUAUCAAAUCCAACAUAUUCAUCACAAUACAACCAAUCACCACCAAACUAGACUCCAAACCACAAGACACCGAUCCAACUAACUCAGCCUCACCAACAAUAUCAUCAGCAACCACCACCACAAUCGACUCACACAAUGUCACCUCCUUCUCCUUCACAUUAAUACUCAAAGAUAUCACAAACAACAUCACAAUCACCACCCGUACACAGCCAUUCCCAUUGCGUUGGGCACAAUGGCUUGAUGGUGAACCAUUGAAGUUGAAUGAUGCCGGUGAUGUGGAAUUAGAUUUGGACAGUGUUGAUCCAAAGGAGUGGGUCAAGGAUUGGAUACGUCAAGGGUUGAAUUUGGGUGUCGGUGUGUUGGCGCAAGAGUAUGUAAUAAAGAGAAUGGGUAUAUGA